AUGCCCAGCAAAUCGGCCAAAGCCGCCGAGGAGGCAUUGGCUAACCAUGUAUCGGGCCAAUCCAACAAGCCGCUCUCGCGGCCGCCCCACGCCCUCGUAACAGAGAAGGUAGUGGAGGAGCUACAGGCGAACCCGGAAGACGGUCUGACUCCGGCCGAGGCCAAGAAGCGCCUCGAGGAGUUUGGCCGCAACGAGUUUGGCGAGCAGGAAGGCGUGAAACCCUGGAACAUCCUGAUCGCGCAGAUCGCCAACGCCAUGACUUUGGUGCUGAUCCUGGCCAUGGCGGCAUCCUUCGGCAUCGAGUCCAUCAUCGAGGGUUGCGUCGUGGCGGCGGUCAUCCUCUUGAACAUCACGGUGGGCUUCCAGCAGGAGCUCAAGGCCGCAAAGACGAUGGAUUCGCUACGGUCCCUGAGUUCGCCCACGGCGCAGGCCGUCCGCGAUGGACGCAACACCACGGUGCCGACGGUCGAGAUUGUGCCUGGAGACAUGGUGGAGCUCAAGACGGGAGACACCAUCCCGGCCGACGUGCGCAUCAUUGAGGCUGUCAACUUUGAGACCAACGAGGCGCUCCUGACCGGCGAGUCGCUCCCGAUCCGUAAAGAAGCCGCUCAGACCUACGACGACGACACGGGACCGGGAGAUCGCCUCAACGUGGCUUACAGCUCGUCGACCGUCACCAAAGGUCGUGCGAGGGGCAUCGUCUUCGCGACUGGCAUGUACACCGAGAUUGGCCAAAUCGCUGCGGCCCUCCGCGGCAAAGACUCGAAGCGCCGGCCUGUCAAGCGCAAGGAGGACGGCUCGGCUGGUGUUGGCCGGCACAUGCAAGCCUGGUCCCUGACCGUCACUGACGCCAUUGGUCGUUUCCUGGGUGUGAACGUCGGAACUCCGCUGCAGCGCAAGCUGGCAAAGUUGGCCGUCGUCCUCUUCGGCACCGCCAUCAUUUGCGCCAUCAUCGUCCUUGGUGCCAACGAGUUCGACACCUCGCAGGAAGUUGUCAUCUACGCCGUGGCGACCGGUGUUGCCAUGCUUCCGGCCUCGCUCGUCGUCGUCCUGACUAUCACCAUGGCCGCCGGUACCAAACGGAUGGUUCAGCGCCAUGUCAUUGUGCGCAAGCUCAAGUCCCUCGAAGCCCUCGGCGGCGUCACCAACAUCUGCUCGGACAAGACCGGCACUCUGACGCAGGGUAACAUGGUUGUCCGCAAGGCUUGGAUUCCCGGACACGGCACCUACUCGGUCAGCAAGACCGGCGAGCCGUUCAACCCCACCGUCGGCGAGAUCGGCCACCGCCCGGAGCAGCCCCGCGAGAUCAACUUCCGCGGCGCCGACGCCGAGGGUACGCUGAUCCCCAACGACCAGGCCAAGCAGCGGGUCUUGGACACGCCACUGCUGCGAGACUACCUCAACCUCGCCUCGCUGGCCAACCUCGCGACGGUGCACCAGACCAAGGAAGGCGAGUGGCAUGCCCGCGGCGACCCGACCGAGAUCGCCAUCCAGGUCUUCGCCACCCGCUUCGACUGGAACCGUCUCAGCCUCUCGGGAGAGGGCAAGCGCUGGAACCAAAUCGCCGAGUUCCCCUUCGACUCGGACGUCAAGAAGAUGUCGGUCAUCUUCGAGGACACGGAAACCGGCGAGACGAGCCUCUUCACCAAGGGCGCCACGGAGCGCGUCAUUCCGUCCUGCCACAAGAUCCAGAUGGGAGACGACAUCAUCCCUUUCACCGAGGAGCACGAGAAGGACAUCACUGCCAACCUCGAGGUCCUGGCCAAGCUCGGUCUGCGCGUCUUGUCUCUGGCCAGCAAGCGCAACAUCGGCAAGGUCGACAACCACGAGAGCCUCGACCGCAAGGACUUUGAACACGAGCUCGUCUUCCAGGGCCUCAUUGGCAUCUACGACCCGCCCCGUCCCGAGUCGGCGCCUUCGGUCAAGAAGUUCCACCAGGCUGGGGUGAGCGUACACAUGUUGACGGGUGACCAUCCCGAGACUGCCAGGGCCAUCGCCAUUGAGGUCGGUAUCCUCCCGAGCCGCAUGGGUGAAAUCUCGGCCGACGUGGCCAAGACCAUGGUCAUGGCAGCCAGCGACUUUGACAAGCUCAGCGACGACCAGAUCGACCGCCUCCCGCGCCUGCCGCUGGUGGUGGCGCGCUGCGCACCGCAGACAAAGGUCCGCAUGAUCGAGGCGCUCCACCGCCGCAACCGCUUCGUGGCCAUGACGGGCGACGGCGUCAACGAUUCGCCGUCCCUCAAGCGCGCCGACGUCGGCAUCGCCAUGGGAGAGAGCGGAUCCGACGUGGCCAAGGAGGCUUCCGACAUCAUCCUCACCGACGACAACUUUGCCAGCAUCCUCAACGCCGUCGAGGAGGGCCGCCGCAUGUUUGACAAUAUCCAAAAGUUUGUGCUGCACGUUCUCGCUUGCAACAUUGCGCAGGCCUGCACCCUCUUGAUCGGUCUGGCUUUCAAGGACGAGAGCGGCCUGUCCGUCUUUCCGCUUGCGCCCGUCGAGGUCAUGUGGAUCAUCAUGAUCACGUCUGGACUACCCGACAUGGCCCUCGGGUUCGAGAUUGCUGCGCCGGAUGUAAUGGACCGGCCACCGCACGACAUGAAAGCAGGCAUCUUCACCUGGGAGCUCGUGGCAGACAUGUUUGCCUACGGCCUGUGGACGGCGGCGCUGUGUCUGGCAUCUUUCCUGCUGGUCAUGUUUGGCUUUGGCGACGGCAACCUGGGCUCGAACUGCAACAACAGAUACUCGGAGUCGUGCGACACGGUGUACCGGGCGCGCGCGACGACCUUUGCCGCCCUCACGUGGUUCGCGCUCUUCCUGGCCUGGGAGAUGCUGCACAUGCGCCGGUCCUUCUUCCGCAUGCAGCCCAAGUCGACCAAGUACUUUACGCAGUGGUUCUGGGACGUGUGGCGCAACAAGCUCCUCUUCUUCAGCAUCGUGGCCGGCUUCGUCACCAUCUUCCCGCUGCUCUACAUCCCCGUCCUCAGCACCGUCGUCUUCAAGCACGCCGGCAUCUCGUGGGAGUGGGGCAUCGUCUUCGUCGCCUCCCUGCUCUUCUUCGUCGGCUGCGAGGCCUGGAAGUGGGCCAAGCGCGUCUGGUUCCGCCGCCGCGCCCGCAAGAACGAGCCCUACGGCGCCGGCAACAAGCACGACCUCGAGAGCAGGGUCUUUGGCGCCUACUUCAACCUCAGCGGCGUUGCUCUCACCAGCGACUCGGAGACGCGGACGCUGGGCGACCGGACUUCGACGGGAGAGACGCCCUACGCCAAGAAGGAGGAGGCAUGA